GGAGCAGCUGGAGUCCCACACUUCGCCCUCUCUCUUCUCCUCGAAAAAGCGCACUAAAUGUAAUAACAAGUCUCCACGCGCUUCUGCGGCGCAUAUGUUGGUUUUACGCACAUCCGCGGUCAGCUAUCGGCGGAUUGAAUCGGCAGUCUGGUGCCGUUAGUCCGGCGGUGCUUGUCCACAGACAAACUGUGAGAAGGUGGAGAAAGACGCUCAGGAGGAGGAGAAGAAGAAGAAGAAGAAGAAGAAGAAGAAGAAGAAGAAGAGGAAGAAAACUCUGGCAGCGUCGCUUUGGAGUUGGAGUUGCAGCGUAAAAAAAAGAAAAGAAAAAAAGAAAGAAGUCUCAGCAAACUCCUGAGUCACAUCUGCAACUUGGGCAGAGAAGAAGCCGAAGAAACAAGAUAAAAAACGCUUCCCCCUCCUCUGCGGUGAAGAAAACGAAAAAGACAAGAGUUAGAGGGGGAAUCACCCAGAAAGAAUUAUCCCGUCUCCAUGAGUUGCUGAGGAAUGAGCGAUCGCCAUGGAGACCCACUCCCAGGCCAGUUCAGCAGCUGAGAAGAAGAAGAGGGUGGAGACCAUUGUGGCGACCAAGGGCUCAUUAGCGCGCAAUGACAUCAGCGAGAAGGCGGUGGCCUCCAGCACCACCUCAAACGAGGAAGAAAGUUCGGGCGCGCCGUACCACCGAGAGAGGCGCAACGCCAUCAGCUCCCAGGCGCCCCGCGGCCCGGACAGGACGGUGAGCGAGGAGCCCUCCACCUCCACGGAAGAACGGCCCUCCCUGCUGAAGAAGGAGCUGCACGGCUCCCUGUCCCACCUGGCCGAGCAUGCCCUGCCGUACCGAGGCACUCUGUUCACCAUGGACCCCCGCAACGGCUACCUGGACGCACACUACCCCACGCCGCAGUUCUUCCCCGCCUUCCAUCCUCCUGUGCCAAUCGACGACCGGCACACCCAGGGACGUUACAUCUACGAGCCCUCCCCCGUGCCCCCUCUCCACGUGCCUCCCGGCCUGGCGGGCAGUCCGGCUUUCUCAGACAUCUCCCUCAUCCGGAUCUCGCCCCAGAGGAACCCCUCCGUGGGGGCGGAGUCGCCCUUUCACCCUCCGCACCCUUACAUCAACCCGUACAUGGACUACAUCCGCUCGCUUCACAGCAGCCCCUCCAUCUCCGUUCUGUCGGCCACGCGGGGCCUCAGCCCUGCAGAUGCCCCUCACACGGGUCUGACCACGGCCGAGUACUACCACCAGAUGGCCCUGCUGGCGGGCCACCGGAGCCCGUACGCCACCGACCUGCUCCCGUCCGUGGCGUCCACGGCCGGCGCCACCAGCGCCACGGCCCUGCACAUGGAAUACCUGCAGGCGAUGGAAAACUCCCGUUUCUCCAGCCCGAGGCUGCCGUCCAGGCCCAGCAGGAAGCGCCCGCUGCCCAUCUCGCCGCUCUCCGACCACAGCUUCGACCUGCAGACCCGGAUCCGGCACUCGCCCAACUCGCUGGUCACCAUGCUCAACAACUCGCGCUCCAGCUCCUCCACCAGCGGAUCCUACGGGCACCUCUCCGCCGGAGCCAUCAGCCCGGCGUUGAGCUUUGCGUACCCUUCGACCCCGGUGGCUCUGCACAUGCACCAGCAGCUGCUGGGCCGUCAGCCGGGCAUGGUGGGCUCCGCCUUUGGCCACAGCCCUCCGCUCAUCCACCCGUCGCCGGCCUACGCCACCCAGAGGCCCGUGCCCGGCAUCCCCCCCUCCGGGCUCAGCGCCAGCGAGCGCUCGGCCCUCUCCAGCGACUCGGCGCAGACCAAACCAACAAGUGAAUCUGCAGUGAGCAGCACGGGAGACCCGAUGCACCACAAGCGCUCCAAAAUGAAACCAGAGGAAGAGUUGCCGAGUCCGGGCGCAGUGAGCGUGCAGGAUCACCCGGACGGGAUGACCCUGGUGAAGGAGGAAGGGGACAAGGACGAGAGCAAGCAGGAGCCUGAGGUGGUUUACGAGACAAACUGCCACUGGGAGAACUGUUGCCGCGAGUUCGACACGCAGGAGCAGCUAGUACAACACAUCAACAAUGACCACAUCCACGGGGAGAAGAAGGAGUUUGUGUGUCGAUGGGAGGAAUGCUCUCGAGAGCAGAAGCCCUUCAAGGCGCAAUACAUGCUGGUGGUCCACAUGCGCCGACACACCGGGGAAAAGCCCCACAAGUGCACAUUCGAGGGCUGCGCCAAGGCCUACUCCCGACUGGAAAACCUCAAGACUCACCUGCGCUCGCACACCGGAGAGAAACCGUACGUGUGUGAGCACGAAGGCUGCAACAAGGCCUUUUCCAACGCGUCGGACCGGGCCAAGCAUCAGAACCGAACACACUCGAACGAGAAACCGUACGUGUGUAAAAUCCAGGGCUGCACCAAGCGCUACACGGACCCCAGCUCCCUGCGCAAGCACGUGAAGACGGUGCACGGGCCGGAGGCGCACGUCACCAAGAAGCAGCGCGGAGAUUACCCGCGCCCGCCGCCCCCGCGGGAGCACGGCGGGGGCGGCGGCGGCGGCCAGGGCCGGUCGCCGGGGCAACUGCCCCUGGGUGGGUACACGGACCAAAGGGAGUACAACCAUGCUACCUCAAAACAGGAUGAAUGUCUACAGGUCAAGUCCAUCAAGACAGAGAAGCCCAUGACGUCUCAGCCAAGCCCUGGCGGUCAGUCUACAUGCAGCAGUGACCAGUCCCCCGUCAGCCACUAUCCCUGCAGUGGAGUCCAGCUUGCUGUGAGCGCCGGACGCUCGCUAGGGGAGGGGCUGGAGGAGGACGAGGAGAAAGAGGAAAACGAAGAGGAGGAGGACUGCGUGGGCGAGCGGGCCCCCAUCAUGGACUCCACAGUCUCCACGGCGACCGCGGCCAUGCUGACCCUGCAGGCGAGGCGGAGCGUUGGCCGCCCGCUGCGCUGGAUGGAGCACAUGAAGAUGGAGAGGCUGAAGCAGGUGAACGGAGCGCUGCCCAGACUGGGGCCCCUGUCCCCUACACCCCCCCCGAAAGGUUCCACACUACCCAACAUCCUGGGGAAGGGUAAGACUCAUUUUAAGUUCCACCAUUACAUAAUAAUACAUGAUGUAAAUAAAUGUAAAGUGGGGAUGAGAACAUUUAGCCUGAAUGCUCUUAACGGGUUAAACCCUUUAAAGUGUGCAACCUUCACAAUUUUGACGGCCACGGACAGCAUGCUGCGGGCCUCGAGCCCGAUGCCCUCCGACGGGGUCGAGGCCCUCUCGGGACAGGUCUCGGAUUGCUCCUCCGGCAUCUCCCCGUGCUUCUCCAGUCGGCGCUCCAGCCAGGCUUCCCAGAGCGAGGGCACGGCGGCGGCCGCCCACCACCACCGCCGCCUCCACAACCUCAGCUCCUCCGACUCUUACGACCCCAUCUCCACGGAUGCCUCGCGCCGGUCCAGCGAGGCGAGCCAUUACGGGGGCACGGGGGGAGGGGGCGGGGGGGGGCUCUCGGGCGGCAGCUGCGGAGGCGCGGGCGGGGUGGGUGCGGCGGGCUCACGGGGGAUGCUCACGUUAACGCCAGCGCAGCACUACCACCUGAAGGCCAAGUACGCGGCGGCGACCGGCGGCCCGCCUCCCACGCCCCUCCCCAACAUGGAGCGCAUGAGCUUGAAGACUCGCAUGGCCAUGAUGGACGAGGGUGGCAGCAACCAGUCCUUGCCGCCUCUAGUCCGGCCGCAUUGCUGCGGCGACGGCGCCAACGGGUACGCCAACGGGUACGCGGGUCACGCGGGUCACAGGAGGAGGGUCCUCUACCCGGGCGAGGGGCCGCUGAAUGGGAACCGGAGGGCCAGCGACCCGGUGCGGACGCAGGCCGGUGACAUGGGCAGUCUGCCCCCGGUGCAACGCUUCAACAGCCUUAACAACCUCCACCCUCUGCCGCCUCUGUCUCAUCACUCUACGCCCGAAGCUCGCAGCUUCAGCUUGCAGAGCUACACGCGCUCGGAGGGCAACCUGCAGAGAGGCCUGCAGCACUCGCCGUACACCCCGAGCAUCGCGGAACACGCAGCCCUGGAGGCGCUGGCCAUGGAGGACGAGGCCGGCCUGUUGCUGGGGGAUGAGGACAUGCUCCCGGACGACCUGGUGCAGUAUCUCCACUCCCAGGCGCAGGUGGACGGCGGCUCCUACAUGCACAUCGAGGAGCAGAUAGCUUCUAGCCAAAGGGACGCCUCCCAUCCACCGAUGGAGGAGAUGGGACAGAUCCAGGCGGCAGGGUUGGACAUGGGCCACGCGGGGUCCCACGGUCUCCUCCAGCAGCAGCAGCAGACGGCAGAGAGGACGAGCCCGAGCAAGCUUCCCAUCCAGUGGAAUGAAGUGAGCUCCGGGAGCGCCGACAGGUCCCCUCAGAGGGAGCAAAUCCACCGGGCGCAGUGCGGGCGGUGGCCGGCCGCUGAACAUGGACCCGUACCUUUUGGUAGGUUCGGAAACAUGGUGGUGCAGCAGCAAGUGCCCCUCGAUUUCCAGAACAGUUGUGUCCAGGCCAACCAGUCCCAGGGUGCUUGUUUCGUUAACCCCGCGGUGAAGCUGGAGACGCCGCCUAACUCCUGCAUGGAGAUGAGAGGCUUCGGAAGGCCCAACUUCGCACAGAUCAUCGACGGGCCUCUCCAGCAGGGCUUCAAACAUCCGCCCCCCGGCGGACCCCCAAAACAGAGCCACUUCCAGCAGAACCACAGCCAGAUGGGGAGCAACCUGAUCCUGAGCAGGUCCUCCGUGGACAUCCUCCCGAGCGUCUCCCAGGGAGCCGCUGCUCACCACAACCGGCAGAUCCACGUCCCUCGGCCGCCCGACGGUUACAGGAACUCGGCGAGGAUCCAGCAGUAUCUCAACGCAGAGACCUCCGGUGAAAGCCAGGCUGGUCUAAACAAGCAGCAGCAACUGCAGAGGAGUGGGGACCACUGCUCGCUUGCACAUCAGGUGUCUGGGCUGAAACUGGAGGCCUCCGACCACGGGUACUUGGAGCAGGGCUUUGGCGACUGCCUCUCUUACGCACCGCUGGACUGCAAGGCCUCCCCGUUCCCCGUCCUGGAGGACCAGUGCUUGCUCAACUCCAUGGUGGAGUCCGCGGGGCAAGUUGUCGGCGGCGGCGGCGGAGGAGGGAACUCGGCCGCCCUCCUGUCCCCCGGCACGGACCAGGUGACCAGCACAAUGGAGGGCGCCGUGCCCGGGAUAUUAGACGACGGGGUGGGCCUGGACUUUGGCGCCAUGCUGGAGGACGGCUAUGACCAGGGUAGCCUGGUCUCGGGUGUGUUGAGUCCCUCCAUCUUCCAGGGCCUGUCCAGGACGUCGUCGCGCCUGACCACCCCUCGGGCGUCGGCGGCCUUCCACAGCGUGGCCCCCGGCUUGAACAACAUGGCCAUCGGGGACAUGAGCUCCCUCCUCACCACGCUGGCCGAGGAGAGCAAGUUCCUUGCGAUCCUUCAGUAGCUGCUCUCUCUCUCUCUCUCUCUCUCUCUGCUUUCUCCUCGCUUAGGAAAAAAUGGAAAAAAAAAGGACGAGAAAACUCUGGUGUAUGUGAAGAUUAAGACCAAAGUGGCAAUUCAGAGAACUUUAUCGUGUACUUAUAUUGUUGUGGAAAAGGCCGUUGCCAAACCCGUUUAUUUUGUAAAAAUGUCAUCCCACACAGAAAUGGGAUGUGUCCAAAUGAUGUAUAGAUAAAUAGUUAUAUUCCUUUUGUGGAAUGUGGGCUAUUUUUGGAAGCUCUUUUGUGUGAAGGUGAGGAAAGGUUCACUUCUUUAAAACAGUAUUCUGUGUAUUGUCACUGUGUUUUGCUGUACACACUGUCGGUAAAAAUGCAUGUAAUAAUAAUAAUAAUAGGGUGAUAACACAGAGCAGCCCGCGUGCCAAGUAUCUCCCCCCUCUGACUCCACAGGUACAUUUCCAACAUUGAUUUAACAGGCCCCCGAUGAUAACUUUAAGGUUCAUAACAAGUGGUGUAUUUACAUUUGUUGUCAUUCGGUUUGUGCGUUAUUUCCGUGAACCUGUAAAUGUUUCAGUGCUUCUACCAAGUUUUACCAAGUGGUGUUUUUGUCAAGAGUAACUGCAAGUACGGUAUCGAACACAUCCGCGUCUUCAAGACACCACUGACAGUCGUCUCCUUGAUGUCUUGAUUUAGUUUUUUUUUCCGGAAAGGUACUCACAUGUGUAUAUAACAGUGUUUUUAUAUUCCGUUUGUGGUAAUCGGAUUGUUGACGUUGGAUUGCACGGUUACUCGGAGCCGACAUGAAAGUGGACGUUUCUCUCCUCGAUGAUCAAAGGUCCCAUUUGGUGCUUAAUGUGUGCGCACACACAGAUGUAGGUAUGAGUUCUUCACUAUGAUGAUCAUUAUGGUAAAUGCUGUAAAGUGACAUGUUUCGUUUCAUAGGAAAUCGUCGGUAUUGUUUUCUCCAAAGCUCUUAAAUUCAGAAUGUGUACGGCCGUCACGUGUUGCAGUGACUUUGUCAACAGUGUUCGUAUCGCCUCGCGGUCUGAUGCGACUGAGCACAGAUCUUUGAGGAGUUUACCUUUCGCUCAGCGUCAAAGCAAUGAGGUACAAAUUGUUUUAUUGUCCUUUGGUCAUUUUUGUAGCUGUGCAUUAUUGGUGUGUUUUUUUUUUUCUUUCUUUUUUUCUUCAAAGUAGAAAUCCUUUCCUUUGAAAGAGGGAAAUCACAUUGGGGUAUGUGCCUUAUACGUAUCUGCCUGUCGGUUAAGAGAAAGAUCACUGCCAAUCUUCCGUUGUGAAUUAUGAAAAAAGAACAUGUAAAGUGUCUUGUGAGGCCUGAACAAAAAAAAAAAGACUAAAUGACAGAACAUUUAUACGAGAAAAGUCUUGACUAUCAGAAAAGUGCAGAUUUGCGAAAUGCAUUCUGCUUUUCUUAGAUUUUGUUUUUAUGUUUUCACAGUCUUUGUGCUCUUUUAUAUAUAAUGUGUAAAUACAGUACUCUUUCUGUAGGUUUAGCAGAGGAAACGGGGAGUAUCCUGGGGCAAAUAAAGAAAUGACUUUGAGAGCACGGAUUCCCAGGCAGAGGCCAGACACAUCUGGCCCAGAGCGGAGCAUCCAGUGCCCAGCACUGCCCCUCCGCUCUUUUAUAACUGACUACAAAUGUUUGUAUGGUUUUAAUAAAAACGAGAAACAAAAUAAAAACAAAAAUACA